AUGGAGUCUUGCUCGACGUGUGCAACCAUCCUCUCCUCAACACCAGCGUACACGAAAGAGAAGCUAUCUCUUCCGCAAGAUCGUCGGGUCGCAUGCUGUGCGAGAAUCAUCUGUGGCAAAUGUAUCCAUAAUAACGAGCGAUUUGCCGACUAUUGUCCAUACUGUCAGGUUUCGACAGGGCCGACGUCUCUGCCGCAAGGGUUGAGGGAACCGCCGGCUUAUACAUCGCUGCCAUCGUCCAGUUCAAGGACUGCACAGAUCUCCGGCGCGCCACCACCAUACUCCUUUGCCUCACCUACGCCGAAUGUCGACGAUGAGAAGGCUGCAUUGGCGCAGGAUGCUAUCAAAGAAGAUGCUCCAGAUAUCCUGCAUUUCCUUGACCAUCGCCAUGACAGCGUCAACUCCUUAUCUCUUCGAUACGGCGUGCCCGCUCAUGCUCUGCGACGAAGUAAUAACAUCACGAGCGACCACUUGCUCCUCGGAAGACGAACCGUGUUGAUUCCUGGCGAGUAUUACAGGGGCGGAGUUAGCCUCUCACCACGUCCCAUCGAGGGCGAAGAUGAAGAGCUGAGGAAGGGCAAGAUUCGCCGCUUCAUGACAUCCUGCAAAGUCUCCGACUAUGACAUUGCUGUGCUGUACUUGGAACAAUCUAGUUAUGAUCUUGAGACCGCUGUUACAGCAUAUUUGGACGAUGAAAAAUGGGAGCAAGAAAAUCCAGCCUCUGGCAAGGGUAAGAAGGCCGACAAAUAUAAGAACCGUGGCCCGUUCUGGAGAGGACUCUGA